GAGCGUCGGCGACAUGCUUUUGUUUGCUCUACCGGGAUGAACAAACUUUGUGUGGUGCGCUACUAAUCGGUUAACUAUACGGAGAUCCAAACGGCACCGUUCGCACACACACUGACGCGGCUAGGCAGCCCUCCCACCAGCCGGCAGUGUUGGCGAGCUCAUCGAUCUAUUCCCCAAUCUCCUCAUUUCCUAUUGCUUAAUUUCUCCUGCUUUCUCUCACGCCGGCUACGCGAUCGGAUACCGUACCGUUCCCGCAGCAUUACCUGCGCCGCAGUGGUGCUGCGAAAAGCCAGCGCUCCGUUUCUGCAACUUCACCCCAAGUUAGGAAACGCCUUGUGCUCAGGAAGUGACCGGUGAACGUGAAAUGGGGGAAAGAGAAGUUUGAUGGCGUGGAGCUGAACACGGAGGAGCCGCCCAUGGUCUUCAAAGCGCAGCUGUUCGCCCUGACUGGCGUCCAGCCCGAGCGGCAGAAGGUUAUGGUCAAAGGAGGGACGCUGAAGGACGAUGAAUGGGGAAACAUCAAGCUGAAAAAUGGCAUGACCCUGCUGAUGAUGGGCUCCGCGGACGCCCUGCCUGAGGAACCUGCCGUCAGGCCCAUGUUUGUGGAGGAUAUGACUGAAGAGCAGCUCGCUUCUGCGAUGGAGCUGCCCUGUGGCCUGACGAACCUGGGCAACACCUGCUACAUGAACGCCACGGUCCAGUGUCUUCGCUCGGUGCCGGAGCUGAAGGGAUCUCUCAGCAGGUACUCCGGCGUCUUGAGAUCCUCUGGGGCCAACGCCUCUUCGCAGUACAUCACAGCAGCCCUCCGUGAUCUGUACGAGUCCAUGGACAAGACCUCCUCCAGCAUACCUCCCAUCAUGCUGCUCCAGUUCCUCCACAUGGCCUUCCCGCAGUUCGCCGAGAAGGGCGAUCAGGGGCAGUAUCUCCAGCAGGAUGCCAAUGAAUGCUGGGUGCAGAUGAUGAGGGUCCUGCAGCAGAAGCUGGAGCCAGAGGAGGCGGAGACCCCAAUGGAGUCUGAUUCUGCGAGUGGCACUACUGCUGCCUCAGCCAAGAAGAACUUCAUUGACCAGUAUUUUGGGGUGGAAUUUGAGACUACCAUGAAAUGCACUGAAGCAGACGAUGAGGAUCUCGUCAAAGGCAAGGAGAACCACCUGCAGCUCAGCUGCUUCAUCAACCAGGAGGUCAAGUACCUGGCCACAGGGUUGCGGCUGCGGCUGCAAGAGGAAAUAACUAAGCUCUCCCCAUCUCUGCAGAGAAACGCUUUGUACAUAAAAUCUUCUAAAAUCAGCCGACUGCCUGCCUAUCUGACCGUUCAGAUGGUCCGCUUUUUCUACAAGGAGAAGGAGUCCGUCAAUGCCAAAGUCUUAAAGGACGUGAAAUUCCCUCUGAUGCUGGACGUCUACGAGCUGUGCACCCCUGAGCUGCAGGAGAAGCUGUUGCCCGUCAGGUCGAAGUUCAAAGAGGUCGAAGACAAGAAGCUGGAGAAACAGCAGCAAAAGGGCGAAAAGAUCAUGACAUCUCCGAAAGAUGUGAAAUACGAGCCCUUUUCCUUCACUGACGACUGGGGCUCCAGUAACAGCGGUUACUACGACCUGCAGGCGGUGCUCACGCAUCAGGGCCGUUCCAGCUCCUCGGGGCACUACGUCGCUUGGGUCAAAAGGAAAGAGGAUGAAUGGGUGAAGUUUGACGACGACAAAGUGAGUCUGGUGGCCCCGGAGGACAUCCUGAAGCUGUCCGGUGGUGGGGACUGGCACAUAGCGUACAUUCUGCUGUACGGGCCUCGCCGGCUAGAAAUUCUGGCGGAGGAGCGGUAAAUCACCAGGCGGGAAGCUUAAACAUGCCAUUUGGAAGCACUGUCUGUAUAGAUGUCCAAUAAAUACUCAUCUCUUUGAACCUUGACCUUUUUUCUUCCCCUUUCCCUGUAUCCAGCCUUUACCAAAACUGGUUGUAUGAGAUGGUUUUUUUUUUUUAAACUUUAUUUUGACCCAAGUUGUCAAGAUGGUUCCAUUAAAAAAAAAAAAAAAUUGUGAAGCAUAUAGUUUUCAUGACUGCUAGUUAUUCCUCGAGAGGGAUGAGUUAACAGCUGGUAGUGUUCUGCUUUCUGCACUUUAUUUUAGCAUGCACACCUACUGCAAGUGCCGGGGUCAAGCCGGGGCCUCGCUCGCGGUUCUCAGAUUUAGCCCCUUUGAAUUGCUACGGGCCAUUUACUCGGUAACCGGAAUCAGUUAUCGUAACUGCUAACUCCGCAAGAUGUGGCUUAAUCGUUCACUAUACCAGUCUGAUGGUCCAUUUCUUUUCCCCGUGAGCGUACCGUGCGGCCAGGACCCCAUCCCGCUUCCAGGGCCGGCCGGCCGCGGUCCUUGCUUCUGUGUGUUGCUGCCUGAUGUUCCCGCCAUAACUCCUCUUGUAAGUCUGAGGACGAAGUGGGCCUUAACCUUGUCCUACGUGAUUGAUUGCUGGCUUUUCGUAAAUGGGCGCAAAUAAACUGCUCUAUGAACACUG